CAUUUUGGUCGAUCAAAUUUCUUUCUUUGUUUGGGGCAUGUACCUGAAAUUUUUUCCCUAACGAUUUAACCCUAACGCGGUCACUCCUCUUCCGCCUCCUUCAUCUUCCCCCUUCUCCUGAAUUUUCUGCAGCAACUAUUAUGGAUUCUCUGUCACCAUUCGUCGCUUCCAGCUCGAAAGUAGAUCGUUCAUCCAUAGAGAGUGCUGUCAAUGCCCUGAUAAAAUACAAGGCCAAGCAAUCUGCUUCCGAAAAGCCGCAGCUUCUUCCUCAAGAUGACUACAUCUACCUCAACCUCACGCUCAAGAAAAUCCCAACAAACCCACCCACAAAUCCCUUCAAAAUUCCCAUUCCACAUCCCCUCUUAGACCCCACAUCCGAGUUUUGCUUAAUUAUAGACGACAGGCAGCACUCCCCCACUCCUUCCUCGGAAGACAUCAAGAAAUUGAUCAAAUCUCAGAAUAUACCCCUCUCCAAGGUGCUUAAAAUAUCCAAACUGAAGACCAACUACAAGCCUUUUGAGGCAAAGAGGAAGCUUUGCGAUAGCUAUGACCUAUUUUUGGUUGAUAAAAGGGUUGUGCAUUUGCUGCCUAAGUUGUUAGGCAAACAAUUUUUCAAGAAAAAGAAGUUGCCUUUGGGUGUAGAUUUGAGUAAGAAAAAUUUGAAUGCGCAAGUGGAGAGGUCUCUAGGGAGUGCGCUGUUGUAUUUGAGAACCGGAACUUGUUGUGUAAUGAGGGUAGGGAAAGCGGCUAUGGAGAAGGAGGAGAUUGUGGAAAACGUUGUUAGCGUGGUUGAGGCGGUGGCGGAGAAGGUUCCGAAAAAGUGGAAUGGUGUGAGGAGUUUGCACCUAAAAUUCUCUGAUUCAGUCGCAUUGCCAAUUUACCAGGCAUUGCCCGACAUGAAGUUGAAAAUUGACGGGAUAAGGGAGAGUAAAAAGGAAGAUGAAGAAGUAGUGGAUAAUAAGGAUAAAGAGAAUGAAGUUAGUGGAAGGAAGGAGGGGGAAGGUGGGAAAAAGAAGAAGAAAGGAAGGAUUCACGAGGUUCGAUAUAUGGACUUCCGAGAUGAAAUGGUGAAUGAUGAGGAUGAGGUUGAGGAUGAAGCGACGGUGAGUGAGGAUGACAAUGAACAUAAGGGGGAAGAAGUGGAUUUAAUGGAGGAAAAUAAUGAGAAAGAAGACUUAAGUGAGAGCAUUAUUGAUGAUGAUUUAUAUGGUAAUGAACUUGGGGGAAAUAAAAGGAAGAAAAGGGCAGUGAAGGCAAGGGAAUUAAGGGACUUGAAUGAGGAGAAGGAGAUGAAGAAAUCAAAAUCAAAUAGAGGGGGCGGGAAGCUGAAGAAAGAUGGGUUGAAAAAGAUUGAGAACAAGAAAGAGGCAACGGAUGGAAUGACAAAGUUAAAAGAUACCAAAAGCAAGAAAAGAGAGUUAACAAACUGAUCAACUUCAGACACAUUAUGCGAGCUUCAGCUAUUCAGUUUAGUGAAUUAGAGGUCCAAGGCAUUGCUGAAGAAAAUUUUUUAUCUAACUUUUGCUUUUAUUUUUAUGGUGGAGAGAUUUUGUAGUACUCAUAUUUAUGUGUCUUAAUUUAUGCAAUUUUGAUUCUUAUAUUUCUCUGGAUUCUAAUGCCUAUCAAUCUUGUGCCAUUUCAUUA